CCACGCCCUCCUCUCUGGGCUUGCUGAGGAGCGCCUUCGCACACGCGCGUAUACGCACACGAGUACGCCCAGCCAAGGCAGCAGGAAGACGGAUCUUUGAGUCCAGACUUCGGGACUUCGUCGGCAGAGCUCGCAAUCAUGGAGAGCUCUGGUUCACGUCCCAGCCGUUCUGCAUUUCCAUGGCUGGUGGCAGGAUCACAAGUGUUUGGGCUCGCGUCUGUGGUGUUCACCGGUGUAUGGGUGGGUCACUACCAUGGGGGCUUUGCCUGGGAUGGCUCAGCACAGGAGUUCAACGUGCACCCUCUCUGCAUGGUGCUGGGGCUGGUCUUUCUGCAAGGUGAUGCCAUCCUGGUCUACAGAGUGUUUUCUAAUGAGCCGAAGAGAAACGUGAAGUUGCUUCAUGGGAUCAUUCACCUGUCUGCCCUCAUCAUCAGCAUCAUCGGUUUGGUGGCAGUCUUUGACUUCCACAGAGUAGCUAAGAUUCCAGACAUGUACUCUCUGCACAGCUGGUGUGGCAUGGCUACUUUUUAUCUUAUACUGCUUGCAGUGGGUGUUGGGUUUGCUGUUCUUCCUUCUUCCUGUUGUGUCGACCUGGUUACGAGCCUUGUACCUCCCCGUCCACGCGUUCUGUGGUCUGGCUCUGCUGGUCAUGGCUGUUGGAACAAGCCUCCUUGGCAUCACGGAGAAACUCCUCUUCAGCAUCAGGUUGACAUACUCCAAGUUUGUCCAGAAGGGGUGCUUGCCAACGUGGUUGGAAUCCUUCUGGUAUGUUUUGGGGUGACGGUUGGGUUCUUAGUCACAAGGGAGGAGUACAGGCGUCCACCCAACCCAGAAGAAGAGUCUCUGUCUGUCCACUUCAAGACCUUAACUGAAGGGGGAUCUCCAGCUUCACCCUGAUUUCUGUGUGAGAUCUGCCUUUUUCUCCAGUCUGGAUCCAAGGUGUCCGAUCAAAAGGCUCACUGUGUCAUCGCUCCAUAUUAAUUCUGGUUAAUGUCCUAAAGUAACAGUCAAUCUGAAUCAUAUCCUCCAACUGAGCACUAUAAAAUACCAGUAAGGGCUGCUAAAUGUAAUGCAAUCCCACAAUCAGUAGGGGGCAGUAGAGGUUCACAAAGUUAAGUUUAUUAAUGUAAAAUAGUUAUUUUAUGAUUCACAUAAUGGGAGGGAAAUCAAUUAAAUGGCUACUUAUGUAGAUACUGGUCAAAGUCCUGGGGGGGGAGGAGAGGUAAUUUUAUGUUUGUAAUAUUCAAGAUUGUGCCAUCUUUACAAAUUUUGAUGUGAUAGGUAUCAGGUUAGGGUUCAGUGCAACAUAAAACAAAACAGGCAUUUUUUUUUUUUUUUUUUGUCUAUGGUGCCUUGUUGCAGUGCCGCCUGUCCUCACAGAUGAUUUUUGGACUGGUUGUAUGGAUUUUGUGUUAAAUUAUUUCUAACAUACAAAACCAUUUGACAUUUUGUCACCAUACAAUGUACUUUAAAACACAAAUAUCUGACUAUGAUUCUUUGCUUUUUGUUAAGUUAUUUUUUCUGACCUAUUGCAACAUCCAGGAGUCAUUGCAUUUAGGUCAGAGGUCAAUAAAGGCAUUUCAAUUGUUAUAAGAGGUAUUUAUUACAUUUUUUGACAUUAUAAAUGUUUACUGGGAUCAACUAGAAACUUGGAGUCCAUGAGUAAUUUAAGACCAAAUACUGAUAUGUAUUCUGAGUGCUCACUGAGAGAAGAUGACUGUUUCUUCAGGGUUAAAAGUUAAAACAGGCAAUUACCUCUAAUUUCAAUCACAAAUGCUUACUUGGAUUAGAUAGGUACUUGUGGUCCCUGACUGAUUUAAGACCAAAAACCGAUGUGUAUUGUGAAUGAGUACUGACAUACAAGCGACCAUUUCAUCAGGGCAAAAGUUCAAAAUAGGUGUUCUUUUUUAAUUGCAAAUGUUUUAUUAAAUCAUAUCGAAACUUGAGGUCCCUGAUUAAUUAAGGCCAAAAACCACUCUGUGUACUGAUUGGUUGUUGAGAUAUGAUGAGAGGCCAGUUCAUCAGGGUUAAAGAUCAAACCAGGGAUUUACCUCCAUUUUCAAUUACAAAUGUUAAUUUAGAUA